GAUGGCGGUCUCACAUGUGCUUUUUGAACAUGCUGUGGGUUUUGCCCUCUUUACUGUUAAAGAAUUCGAGGAGGUUGGUUUAAUGCAACCACAAGUUGAAGAAAGCGUUUUAGAUUUGGGAAAAUUUAAUUCAGUAGUUCAGUUGCUGGCGUUUCAGCCCUUUAAAAGUCAAGCAAAUUCACUAGAUGGAAUCAACUCUAUCUCGGAAGGCGUUCUGAAUGCUGAACUGCAAGACUUUUUGGAAAUGAAUCUGCCAAAAUCGAAAAAGAAGAAAAAAGUUAUUUUGGCAGUGGGAGAUCCUAAAAUCGGAGGAGCUAUCAAUGAAGAAUUACAAGUACCAUGUCUACAUACUGGCGUUGCCGUAGAACUUAUGAGAGGAAUCAGAUUACAUUUUUCAAAGCUUAUUAAAGGUCUGGAUGCUAAAGUUAGCGACACUGCUCAAUUGGGUUUGGGUCACAGUUAUUCUAGAUCCAAAGUGAAAUUUAACGUCAAUAAAGUCGAUAACAUGAUCAUUCAAAGUGUUGCUUUGCUGGAGCAAUUGGAUAAAGAUAUCAACACAUUUUCCAUGAGAAUCAGGGAAUGGUAUUCAUAUCAUUUUCCAGAGCUUUUUUCCAUAGUAAAUGAAAACUAUAUGUUUGCAAAGGUGAUUAAAUGCAUUAAAAAUCGAAAAGACUUAACAAGUGAAUCUUUGGAAAAAUUGGAAGAAAUAGUUAUGGAUACUUCAAAGGCUACUGCGAUCAUAGACGCAGCCAAGUCAUCUAUGGGAAUGGAUAUUGCUGAAAUGGAUUUGAUGAAUAUUUUGGUAUUCGCAGACAAAGUUAUUCGGUUGGCUGAUUAUAGAAAACAGCUAUAUACAUACUUUACUGGUCGUAUGAAUGACAUUGCACCAAAUUUGAGUGCCUUAAUUGGUGAGAAUGUUGGAGCUAAACUUAUAUCACACGCUGGAAGUUUAACAAAUUUGGCCAAGUUUCCUGCUUCAACUGUACAAAUUUUGGGAGCUGAGAAAGCUCUGUUCAGAGCUCUUAAAACAAGGGGCGCAACACCUAAAUACGGGUUGAUUUUUCACUCAGCUUUCAUUUCAAAAGCUGUAGCUAAAAACAAGGGCAGAAUUUCCAGAUACCUCGCCAAUAAAUGUUCGAUCGCCUCAAGAAUUGAUUGCUUCAAUGAAAUGCCAACCAAAGUUUUUGGUGAACAUAUGAAGAAACAAGUAGAGGAUCGUUUGAAAUUUUUAGAGUCGGGUGAUAUUCCAAAGAAAAAUAACGACGUUAUGCAAGAGGCUGUUGCUGAAUUCGAGAUUGAAAAAGCAAACCAGACAAAGAAAAAGAAAAAGAAGGAUAAGAAAAGAAAAACAGAAGAAGUAGAAGAGCAAGAAGAACCUACUCCUAAGAAGAAGAAGGAAAAAAAGAAGAAGCAAGUUGAAGAGGAAGAGGAAGAGGAGGAAGAACCCACACCUAAAAAGAAGAAGGACAAAAAGAAGAAGCAAGUAGAAGAGGAAGAGGAGGAAGAACCCACUCCUAAAAAGAAGAAAGAUAAAAAGAAAAAACAAAAAGAAGAUGAAGAGGAAGAAGUUGUAGUGAAAAAGAAGAAAAAGAAAAAGGUUCAAGAAGAAGAAGAAGAAGAAGAAACACCUGUAAAGAAAUCGAAGAAGAAGAAGAGGGCACAGGAAAAUGGACAGGACGAAGAAGAAUCGAUUGUUAAAAAGAAAAAGAAGAAAAAGCAUUCUGAAAGUUAA